AUGUUAAUCCACACGAUUCAAUCACAAGCCUCCAUUUGCACAGAUGGGGUCGAUAUGAUCAUUCUUUUAAGAAUUUUAAUUUUCAACACCGAUUCACCUCUCUUUUCACAUUGUAACUUGCUGGCUUACCCUCAUAUAUUCCUACUAAUAAUUGAAGAAUAGGGAACUCGUCUCUAUUCUCAACAUCGAUUUUACCACUUUCCGUUUUUACAGAUUUCACCGCUCCUUUUGUCCCCUCACCCCAUGCUGGAAAACUCAACCUCAUCGGAAAAUACCGCAGCUCCCGUCCAGAACCGCCCCUCAGAGGACGGAGGUGGUAGCGGGCCUGACUCCGAUGGCCUCAAAGAGCAGCGGGGGAUCGUCGACCAGGAAGUUGACAGGAAUUCCGCCGGUCACCGGUGGCCCCGAGAAGAGACACUGGCUUUGCUCAAGAUAAGGUCUGAGAUGGACAUUGCUUUCAGGGACAUGAGCCCCAAAGGUCCUCUUUGGCAACAGGUUUCGAGGAGAUUGGCGGAGCUGGGAUACCACAGGAGCGCAAAGAAAUGUAAGGAGAAGUUCGAAAACAUCUACAAGUACCACAGAAGGACCAAGGAAGGCCGUUGUGGCCGGCCCAACCGCAAGACCUAUCGUUUCUUUGAGCAACUCGAAGCUCUUGACGCCCACCUACUCCUUCCACCUCCAACUUCAACAGAAAAGGACGACACGCCAAAUACAACAACCUCCCUGGAUGUUGUUCAACACGCCGUGCCCUGCUCUACUCUUUUCCCUAAUGCAAAUAGCAAUUCCAUCACUUCUUCUUCUAAUGAAGAAUCUGAGGAUGCGCCGAAAAAGAAGGGCAAACUAACUAAGUUUUUCCAGGGAUUGAUGAAGGAAGUAAUAGAGAAGCAAGAGGCUCUCCAAAAGAAUUUAAUGGAGGUUCUGGAAAAAUGUGAGCAAGAUCGAAUUGCAAGGGAGGAAACAUGGAGGGCGCAAGAACUAGCUCGGCUUGACAGGGAGCGUGAGCUCUUGGCUCAAGAAAGAUCCACUGCCGCCGCCAAGGAUGCCGCCUUGCUUGCCUUUCUGAAGAAGAUAGCAGAACAAUCAGCGUGCCCGGUGCAGCUGCCGGACAAUGUUCCGGUUGACCGGAACCUCAUUCCAGACGAUAUAGAUAAGAACAAACAAGAAAAAGUCAACGGACGUUGUACUGUUAGCGUUACGGAUAAGCAAGAAUGUGGAAGUGUGGGAAAUUUCAUACAGAUGAGCUCCUCCCGUUGGCCUAAAGAAGAAGUGGAAGCUCUGAUUAGAUUGAGGACGAACCUGGAUGUGGAAUAUGAAGGAAAUAAUGGGCCUAAGGGAUCCCUAUGGGAAGAAAUCUCUUCGGCAAUGAAAAAGCACGGGUACGAUCGCAGUGCCAAGAGAUGCAAAGAGAAAUGGGAGAACAUAAACAAGUACUUUAAGAGGAUGAAGCAGAAAAAUAAGAGGAAGCCUGGGGAUUCGAAGACAUGCCCAUAUUUUCAACAGCUAGAUGAACUAUACAGCAAAAAACCUAGGAAGGCCCAAGAAUCAACUGCUUCCGGGAACGAGUUGAAGGCGGAGGAGCUAUUAAUGCAUAUUAUGAGUGGUCAAGAAGAGCGACAAGCAUCUGAAGAUGGCGACAGGGAGAAGACGAACCAGAUUGAAGGAGAUAAGGAAGAUGUGGAUCAUAUGGUGGACAAUCAUACUUCAACAACAAUCAUGGGUUGAAAAGGCCCUACAUUUUUUAGAUGAAUUCUCUUCUCACGGCCAUCGUGGGUUCUUGUAGUUUUAAAAUGAUGAUCAAACGUGGGUCAUGAUCAUGAACUAGGCUAAUUAGCCCCGAACAAGAGUUUGGUUUAUUCUGGCCUCAGCGUCAGAUAUAGGUCUUCUUUGCAGAACACAUGCGAGCCAAUCUCACUGAUGCUGCCAAGGCACAUUACAUUUUCUUCGUUUUUUUUGUUCCUCAUGAAUACGAUGCACGUAGCACAUGCAUAUAGAAAGAGAGUUUUGUCUAUGUGCGAAAUAAAAUCAUUGGGUUUGUUAAUUUUACUAUAGUUUAAUAGCUUUUGUCCUUUAAA